AAUCUCGCGAGAGGUCUUCUAGCGAGCAAAAAAAAUAAGUAGUGACUCCUUCACACUCCCGACCGAGCGCCCUCCAAUUGCUACACCAAUCGCCAAUACCAGCAUCGAGAACCAUCCGUGAGCCAUGGGAAACAUUUUUGGGAAUCUGUUGAAGAGCCUUAUAGGAAAGAAGGAGAUGAGGAUCCUGAUGGUGGGUCUGGAUGCGGCGGGAAAAACCACCAUCCUGUACAAGCUGAAGCUGGGGGAAAUAGUCACCACCAUCCCAACCAUCGGCUUUAAUGUGGAGACAGUGGAGUACAAGAACAUCAGCUUCACUGUGUGGGAUGUGGGUGGGCAGGACAAGAUCCGUCCCCUCUGGAGACACUACUUUCAAAACACACAGGGUUUAAUCUUCGUGGUGGACAGUAACGACAGAGAGCGCGUCAACGAGGCGAGAGAGGAGCUGAUGAGGAUGCUGGCUGAGGAUGAACUGAGAGAUGCAGUGCUUCUUGUGUUUGCCAAUAAACAGGACUUGCCCAACGCCAUGAACGCCGCCGAAAUCACGGACAAGCUGGGCCUGCACUCCCUGCGCCACCGCAACUGGUACAUCCAGGCCACCUGCGCCACCAGCGGCGACGGCCUCUACGAGGGCCUGGACUGGCUGGCCAAUCAGCUCAAGAACAAGAAGUAGGAGGACGGCGACCGUUCCGGCGUUCUGUUUGGUUAUUUGGGACUGAGGGCGAGGGAGGGAAGGAUUCUUAAUUGUCCGAGCCCAGUUUCAACCACACACACACACACACACACACACACACACACACACACACACACACACACACACACACACACACACACACACACACACACACACACACACAUGCACA